UUAAAUUGGAAACAAUUUUAGAAAAAGAUGUCCAAAUGGAUUUAAAAAUUAUACUUGAUAAAGUCGACUCGGAUAAUCCAGCUUUUAUUGGUGACAUAACGGAUUGUACAGGAAGUGUAAGAAUAAUUAAAGCAAUUUCUGGAAAAUCUGAUCAAGUAUCGUGCAAAUCAAUAAAUCAUCCCUCAAUUUCCUCUAUUAAGAGCAAAAUUGUUGUUACAUCUUCAUUUGAAAAUACAUUAGACGCUUUAUGGCUUUCAAAAAAUAAUUGUUGUGAAGGAAUCGUAUCAAAAAAGGAAUUAGAGGAUUUAUUAAAAUGUUUUAUCACCACGGAAAAUUAUGAUAGAUUUAUUCAAGGCGAAGAAAUUUGCUUUUUGUCUUUUAGAAAGAAAAGUAACUCAGUUUGUGAAGUCUUAAUAAAUGAACCAAGAAGUAAUUAUAGUUCGUUUUUAUGGUUUAUUUUACCAAUUAUUAUUUUAUUGGGUUGUAUAGGAUCGUUUUUUUAUUUUUUAAAACAACAUAUUCAAACUUCUCAUUCGAUGUCAUCGUCAUGGAUAUACAUGUGUCCUAUGUUACAUCACAACAGAUGAGGAAGUGUCGAUAUGUAAAAGGUGAUUUAAACCAUAAAUUAUAAAUAUUAAGAAA